AUGUCCGCACACUAUGCCCCCCUUCCCAGCACCCACACCGACCCCCACGCAGACCAUGAGCUAGAGGACGCCUUCGACGAUUCGGACGACGAGGACGGCACGCAGCAGCAGCAACAGCAGCCACCACGGCUUACACGCACACGCAACGGCUACCACUCACUCGCGCACGACGAGCCCGACCCUCUCUCGCUAUCGGAUGACGACGAGCCCACCGCAGGGCCGCCCCCGCCAGACACCCCGCCGACCCGCACGCACGUACCACGCACGUACGACUUUGAGGACACCGACUUUGACUGGGUGCACCCGCCCCCGGGAUCGCCGCCGUCCCCAUCUGCACAGGCGCAUCCGAACGAUUAUGGGAACAGCAAUGGACUCGUGCCUGCCGCGACGGAUGCAGACCGCGAUGCGCGGCGCGGCGGGUGGUUCAGACGUACGGCCGCCACGGUGCUCCCGAGCCAUUAUAUUCAGCGCUGGGGGCUCGCGGAGGAGCUUCCCAACGGCUACGUCGGCGGCGGGAUGUCGAACGAUGGAGUGUUCGCGAAUGUGGUGGCCAAGCCAUCGAGGCCAGUAAGAGUACAGGAGGGUGGCGAAACUUACCUCGUACCAGAAGAGACACAAAAAGAUGCCCCGCCCUCGUACGCCACUGCGCAGGCCGACGCCGUCCCGCCCUACUGGGAGACGACAGUGCACGCGCCCUCCGCCUCCAGCAGCCCCGGCGAGAUCAUCGUCGACGGGCUCCCGACCGGCUCGCUCUUCUCCUUCCUCUGGAACAUGCUCGUCAGCAUCUCGUUCCAGUUUGUCGGCUUCCUGCUCACGUACCUCCUCCACACCACCCACGCCGCGAAGCUCGGCUCGCGCGCGGGGCUCGGUAUCACGCUCAUCCAGUACGGCUUCGCGAUGCGCCGCGAGACGACGGAGGGCAGCGGAUACCAGGGCUCGACGACGGGCGACCCGUGGGACCGGCCGCACUUUUCGAAUGCGAAGGAGGCGGAAGACUUCUAUCACGGGAUGAAUUCGACGAUGAUGAGUGGGUCAGGGUCAGAUGUGGUACCUGACGUGGACAACCCGUUCGUCGUCGGCGACACUGCCUCUGAAUGGAUAUCCUUCCUGCUCAUGACGAUCGGCUGGUUCAUACUCCUCACGUCCCUUCUCGGCUUCUGGCGCGUCAAGCGAUGGGAGCGCGGGAUCCUCAACUCGCAGCACGACGCGCCGCGGCCUACCGGGCCCGCCAACGGCGCGCUGAUCCACACCUUCGAGCGCGUUUUUGGCCUGCACGGCCUCGCGGACGGCUCGCUGCUGCGUACGGGUUUCGGGCUCGGCCCGCGUACACGCGCGCCCGACGACGAGGAUCCGCUUGUUCAUGCCCUCGAGCCCGUAGAAGAGGAGGAGGAGCCGACGUCUCCGCGCGGCGAGUACAUCAUCCCCAUCGAUCCGGACGACCCCGAGCGCAAUGCGCGCAUGGCACAGGCGAUGGCGGUGCAGGCACGGCUGCACCAUGAUCUGCGUGCGGCGGGGCUCUUAUGA